AUGGUGGGCGUGGAUUGCGGCGCACCGUGCUACAUAUCGUCUGCGCCGGUGCACGGUUGCCGCUUCCCAUAAGAUGUGAAGCGCUUUGGCUGCGUGUGUGAUGGCGGUAUUCCUAAUCAACAAUUGCAAAUUCAAUGGUUGCGGCCUGACGUUCCCCACACUGCGAGAGCUCAUUUUGCACAUCGAAGACACGCACAUAGAUAACGACCCAAGACUACUAGAAAAGCAAGAACUGCAGCCACCAUCGUGCCUUCCUGUCAGCUGCGUUCUUAGGGUCUUCACGGAAGCUUCACGUGUGGAACCACUCGGGGCGAUCCGCAAGAGACAGCGGACGCUGUCGCCAGCUUCGUCGAUUUGCAGCAAUACGCCAACAGGAAGCGAGAUGGACGAAGAGGAGAUGAGUAGUGAAUCUGACGACAGCAAUGAUUCGUGGACUACGCAGAACGAGUUUAUCUCGGAGUUCAUUAUGAGGAUGAUGAGCAGCGCAGGAUCGACGGAAGAGAAGCCGUUUGCCUGCCCUGUUCCGGGCUGCAAGAAGCGCUACAAGAAUGUCAAUGGCAUCAAGUACCACGCCAAGAAUGGGCACAAGAAGGAAGCCAAAGUCAAGAAGGGCCACCGCUGCCACUGUGGCAAGAGCUACAAGACUGCCCAGGGCCUGAGGACACAUUCGCUAUCCCAACACUCGGGCGAGUCCUCCCAGCCCGCCAGAUUCUCGGAUUUUGCCUCGGGGCUUGGCGCCGGCGGUGGUGGAGGUGGCCACAUGCCGACAUCACGACUGCACGCCGGCCCUCUCCCCGUCGUGUCCCCAACCCUGCAGCAGCACCUGCUGAGCCCUCUGGUCAUAAGGCCGGCCGUCACAUCAAGCUUUGCCUCGGUCGGCGCGGAAGGUUGACACCGUGCCCUCUUCUUCCCCUUCGGUGAAACCGCAACAAAGUUCUGUGCCUCGGCGCACGCAUCUUUUUGCGGCAAAUGAACUGAUGAUCCGCAAGGCACAGCAUCGGGUGGGAGGCUCUCUGCCGACCUGAUGCCUCUCUGUGGUCGAGUUGAGUUGCUUUGGGUGUUUUUCUCUGUUCUCCCCACGUGCAGUUUUGACGCCACGGAUUUUGGCUUGCCACAACGUUUGAGAACUCAGUGAAAGAUCAUGUGUGUCGCUGAAAAAUUGGGUGGGGGAUGAUUUUUUUUUCUCUGUAGAACAAAAGAACUGUGCGUUUAUGCUGUUGACAUUUCAACAGCAACUAUAGGGCAGGAUGUUAUGUGCUCUCAAGGCUGGAACUAUAUUCUAAUCCACGUAGAACAGGCUCACUAUAUCUUUCUUUUUUUUCUUGGUUUUGAUAAGCUUUUCGUCUAGUUACUUUGAGUGGCACAAUACAGUUUGUAAGGGUAUUGAAGGUACUCACUAUUGCUAAGUGAGCAGCUCCUGCCUCAAAGACCUUCUUGUCAUGUUUUUUUUUGUCCCUUAUUAGUACCUUAAUUAAGAGAAUAAACGGGUAAUGUCUCGAGAAGUCAUAAUGACACAGCCCUUGUGCCUCUUUGCUUUCUUUUUUUUAGUAGUGCAUGCUAAGAAAUGGUAGUUGGUCUCCAGGCACAUUGCAGGCAAUUUUUUUAAAUCACACAAUCACUAGGUAACGACUAGCACCACACACUACUAGUAUUAAAUUCAGUGAUCUCAUUGAAAAGUCCAAGAACUACUUUUUGGCACAGGUUGUGUCUAGUUUCAGGCAGGCAUUUUUCUUUCGUGUCUUUGUUGCGCAUUGUUUGAGACCAAAAAGCUUCUGGCUUGUUAAGGGGGGAUGAGGCACUUCAAAAAACUGUAUUUUUCAAACAUUUUGAAGGAAGUUUGCACAGUUAAUGUAUAUUUACGAGCUGAUUUCAAAAAUGCAGUUGUGUGGUUCUAUGAUAAAUAUGUUGAUGAUAUCCAAAACACGAUUUUCUUUGUUGGGAGAUUAAUUAGCUAAUUAAAUGCAACUUGCACAGUAACGUACAGCACACAGAAUCGAUUGUGAGUGUUCAUAGUGUGUCAUAAGGUAUAAGUCAUUUUAGGCCAUUUUGAAGUAGGGUUAUAGGUUGUCAAACUUAGUCAUAAAAAAUGCCCAUAUUGAUAUUUUUCGAUUAUCAAGGUGGGCAUAUUUUAUGACUGUUUGACAACCUGUAACUUCAAAACGGCCUAAAACAAUGAUUUAUAGCUUAUGACGCACUACAAACAUUCACGAUCGUUUCUAUGUGCUGUAUGUUACCGUGCAAGUCGCUAUUAAUUAACUAAUUAGGCUCCAAACAGAAAACAUCCUGUUUAGCAUCUCAUAAAAUAUAUUCAAUAUAAAAACAACAAAAUUGCAUUUUAGAAAUCGGCUGGUAAAAAUACAUUAGCUGUGCAGAUUUGAGUCGAACUGUUUAAAAAAUAAAGUUUUUGAAGUGCCUUUCCGCCCUUAACCAAGGAGAUCCAAAGUGAACUUCGGCAUGCUUUGUGGGGCGCAGCCAGACAUGCUUGCCUCGUCCAACAUGCUUGCCACGUACCCAGGAGUGAAUGUUUUCUGCGGGCGAGAAAUUUCUCGGUGAAACUACAGCAGAGAUUGAUUUACCCAAGAGAUUGAAAAGAGAGCUACCAUCUCCGCAGCCCCUCCCUUCCCCCCCUUGUUUCUUGCCUUCUGUUUAGGGAUAAGGCAUGUUCUUUACUUGGCUGUGAGCAAUGCUUGAAGUGCACUCUGUGUGGCCUCUGUUGCAUUUAAAGCACAAAUACAUGCAUCUGUGUGGCUCCUGCCUACGGAGGUUGUUCCUGUCUGCCACUCCUCCCGAAAGGAACUUGAGUAGCUCUCAGAAACUGACUUUUCAUGCCUUCGUUACUCUUUGCUUGCCAGCUGUGCAUUUGUUACUUAACGUUUUCAUCAAAGUCAUUUCCCUAGUGUAAUGCUUUCAGUCUAGGCGCAUUGUUUAAUGUUUGGCCAUCCCUACUGAGGUGGUUCUCAUGGUUUGUUUUUUGUGUUAUUCGUUUGGAAAUGUGGCGCAGUCCUCACAAAUUCUGCAUCUAUUUUGUAAGAAUAGUGCAAAAAGACCCUGGAAAUUAUCGACACACACGGCAUGGACUUUCUCAAUGUGGGGAUGGUAAGAAGCCUUAGCUUACAGCUUGGGUAAGCUUUUGUGUGUGCACUUCUGUCUAGUAGUCGACGUUCCAUCGUUAUCAGCUUUUGAAGUGCUGGUCUGAUACGGUCUUUCCUCGUAAUUGAAACGUUCUUGAACAAAACUUCCAUGUGAUGUCACAAUAUAGGCUGCAGCAGUGUAGUAGCCAGUGGCACUAAUGGUGAAAAAUAACCCUGUACCUGCAGUUCUUGGGCCGUAGCACACAGCCAAGCUUCUAAACCAAAUGCAUUCUCAAUUCUCGUUUUCAUGGACCUGUAGCAUUCAAUGGAAAUGACUGUGCCUGGACCGAACUGGCUUGCUGCGUUUCGUUAGAGUCACUGAUGUAGAGUUGCAUAGUGGUGUUCUUUCGUUGUCGUUUCUGCCUUUGCAUUUGCUGCAAUCAAAAUGUGCAAGGAAACAAUGUGGAAUGGAAAUAGUGUCGUCUACCACGCGGGGUGUGCCUCCUUAACACACUCUUGUCACGUACGCUUCCAAAGACAGUAGUGAGAUGAGUUUCCGCUCUCAAAGUAGAUGAGUAUUGAAUGUCUGACGGCACACUUUUCGCCUGUUCCGCAGAACUAUGUCAGCAGGUCUGCCUUGAAAGCUUUGAACCUGUAGAGCGCAGGCAACAGGCUAUUCGGUGUCGAGGGCUUAACUCUAGCUGCUCUUUUUCUAAGGAUGUUGUAAUUUGAUGGAGAAUCUUGUUUGACAAGAAUCCACAUCCCACGUAGCGCAAAGCGGUGCUGACAUGGGAUCAAAUCGUAAGGCCGACAUUCAGACAUUAUUGAGCUGACGUUGGAUUUCCGUGCUGUGCUACUUGGGAUGCGAGUCGGGAGAUCCUCGUUCACGUACUUGAAGCAUGUUGAAGCCUUGUGUGGAGAAACUUAGUAGCAGCUUCAGGACUUGUAACCCGGGCAGCUUAUACCGUGUUGUUUGUUCAGUCAAGGUUGUAAUAGUUGCUGCAUUUGAAAUUAUUUGAAAUGGAUGCUUUGACAUUAAGAUCUCCGCGAGCUCCUUUUCGGUGCCGAGAAGCUUGCGCACAUUAUGGCCACUGUCACUGCAGAUGUCUUUAUCGGUUAAUGCUGUAGCAGUGUAGGGGCAGAAUUGCACGUUUCUUCGUUGUACCAAAGAUAUCUGGUGAAUGUCGUGUAUUUUUUGUCCUUCAUUAGGUGCUUUUGUUGUCGCCAAGUUUCGUUAAAGAAAGAGUACUGCACCUUUCAGCACACUGUCGUAGCUGUCGAGAUCGAGGAUGCUUCUGCCCAAACAACUGUCAAGUAGUGCUGGAUCACAUCCUGUGCAUCUAGCUGUGGAGAGCCCAUACUUUUCAUUGUGAUCGUCGCUUUUGUUUUUGUUCGCUUUGUGAUCACCGUCAAGGUCACAUCCAGCUUCUCCUGUCUGCUCUAGAAUCUGUAGCUAUUUUGUCAUCAUUCUGUGGUUUUGCCGUCGGCAAUGUUGUCAGCAGCACAUGCGAACAAAAAAAAAAAGAAAGAAAAGAAAAAAAUACAUUGUGAUGCUUUCUGUGUGCGCUCUAAUAAGCUUACACGCCAGUGUUGGGAAGGAAAGGAGUAGUGUGUAGACUGCAGUAUCUUUGCUAACGUGACAGGCACUUAUUUCAUUGUUGGAGCACUGUUUGCUAACUUGGGAUGCAUUAUAGUGCCACAUUUUGCGUUGAUAAGGGAAGCCGUUAUGAAUAACUCUUUCGUCUAAACUGUUGGCUAGCUUUUAAAUUCAAUUUGUACUUGUAUUUGCCAUUAAAGUUGUAUCUUGUGGCACAUUUUCUUUAAUGCCCUUCUUGGAAGCAGUAGUUGCCUGUUUAAUACGGAAUGCAUCACGAGUAUGCAUUGUCUGCACUGGUGGCAUGCUGGACAAAGCUUCUUGGUCAAAAGAACGGUGCUGUCUGUUCCAACGUAGUUGUUCUCGCACUGCUUCCAACAGGUGGCGCCACUGUUGAUUCCACCGAGAAAUUUAAUGUUUGCCUGGUGUUGACAAUGUGUACUAUUGAGUUAUCUUGGAUGAAGCUGGCAAGUGCUGCAUCUAUGCAUGGUAUGAAACAAAAACCCUAUGGCGCUCAGCUUCUGCAUGAAUUUUAAGCAUGAGUGAGCUUGACUUAGCCGGAAGAACCACUUAUAGCAGGCUGUCUUAUUGUGGCAACAUUCCAUAUCUGUGCUCACUUAGUGUUGCAUUUGCAGUUUCCAUGUUUGUUUGAAGAAUCUCGUAGCCGCAGUGGUUAUUUUUUUUGCGCAUUGGCUAUCAAGGAAAUUUCUAUAGAGCCAUCCUAGUUAUGGCAAACACUGGUUCUGCCAUAACUGUGCCCAAAAUGUGAUAUUGUGUUUGACUUUUUUGUGCAUUUAUGUGCCCCCCCCCCCCCCCUCUGUCCUCCAUUAUAUAUAUAUCUAUAUAUCUUUUUUUGCAACACUGUCCUUGCCACUGUGUCAAGAUUUCAUUCUCUCCCUAAGCUCUUCUUACACUGUUCAUUUCUAAAACUACACUACCAUGGUGCUUGUUCAAGUUUUCGCACAUCCUUGUUAUCUCCCGCUGGGAAGUCCUCAGCUGUUCCAUUUUUGUUCCAGUAGGCAUUUUUUUUGUUACUGCCCUGUGUAGUCAUGUUAUGCCUGUCGGGCAACCUUGCCCUGUGUGGUUUAGACACCUUUGCUUUUGGAUUAUGUUGUGGUUUGUGCGAGACAACUCGGGUCAAAGUGCAGUUCGGCUCACUCUUAAUGAAACACCUAAAUAGUAUUUGAGUCACUUAUAUAUAUUGACCAUUUCUUAAUUUAAUUAAUGAAGUGGGCUGAUGCAAUGUGCUGAGGAGGCAACUGUUUAAAUAAGAAAGGUAGCCUGCUGGCCUCUGUGCUAAACCGGAGCUGCAAUAAGAAAUCUAAUGGUAGUUAGAUGUGUUCCCCUUAACAGUGGACCAGACUGCACGCAUUUAGGUGAAUAUAUAAUUUGGUCGAGUCGUUAAAAGGUUACCCUGGCCCGCCCUUUCGUGGUGAAUUUUUGGUUUGUGUGUCAUAUUCUUGCAAACGUGUUAACCACAUUGAAAUGCGAAGCAUGCUGUCAAAAUGCUUAUUUGGUCAGUACUAUAGCCAAACAUCUUUUAGUAAUGUGUCCACCUCAGUUUUCGUUGCCUUUGGAUUGGUUUCUGUGCAAAAUGUGUUGCUGUGUGUUUUGAAUGUCGAAGAAGGUGUCAUUCUGUAGUACCUUUUGUUCACAUUUAGUCAUUAGUGAGGGCACAAAAGAUAUUCUGCGGCUACAAUGACUAUACAGAUUUGCCUCUGCUCAGUAUUUUCUUCAUCCCCCCCCCCCCUUCACGCACACAUCAGAGCCAGCACCCACAAUUAAAUGACUAACCUAAUGCUAGUAUUACUGACAUUUCAGUGUUGCAGAAAUUGUACCGGCAGCCCUGUGAGUUCACUGAAUUUGAUUUGUAGCUGGAUUCCUGCAUUGGAAACAUUAUUGCAUUUGUGUAAGAGUGCAGUAUUAUAGUACUAAAAAAUUGACAUGCCACAUUUGUCAUGUCCCGGCGGUUUGCAUUACUUUUUGUUGCGAAGUGAAUGCAAAUGGCGAGUGAGCUAUGUGAAGUGAAUAUUGUACACAGCACAGAUAAUGUUGUGUUCUUUCUUCGGAGAUGUGGGCUGUCAAUGCAAAAAAAAAAAAAAAAUGUUACAAAAAUAAGGCAAUAAAGAAUUGGUUGCACAUUCA